AGGAAUGUGCGGAAACUUCUGCCGACUUUUCUAUCUGCGCUGUUCGUCGAAGGAAAACCUUUUUUUCAGGGCGGGAAACUCUCCAGAAAAGUCCGCGGAAGUUCGGAGAACUUUUCUGGACCUGAUGGUAGAAGCUCCAGAACCGCCGUGACGCCGCCGCCGCUCUCUAACCCUCGCCGUUUGGUCUCUGCAGUUUCCUGUUGGCGGCGCCGGCAUCGUCAUGGCGACUCAGACCAUGUUCUCCGCGGGGAUGUUUCCUGUGAGCGUCUCUCUGGCCGAGGACGGCCCGGUUCUGGGCGACCUGCCCCGGAACGCGCCGCCGGCGCCUCAGCUGGUGAUGCUGGCCAACGUGGCGGCGGUGACGGCGGCGGAGGGCGGCGACGGCAGCGUGGCCGACGAGAAGGAGAUGAUGGAGCUGAAGACGGUGGGAUGCAGCUACUCCGACAGCGAGGACGAGGGCAUCAUCAGGUACAGCUACGACAACCAGAACCAGCGGGAGGUGUGCAUCGUGGAGUACCCCGAGUCCCCGAGCCCGGCCGUCCAGCCCGCAGACACCGGCAAGGAGGACGAGGAGAACCACGCAGCCAAAACCCAGCCGGCCUGCCUUAAGCUCCGCCCCGCCGCCGGCUCACCUGCACAAGGUGUGAGGGGUAAAGACGCCCCGCCCGGCCUGACAGACGGCGCUCAGAAGAAGAAGCCGUUCUGCUGCAAGCCGUGCCACUUCCAGGGCCAGAACGAGCAGGAGUUCGUGGCGCACCUGAGCACGCACGGCGUCAGCAAGAUGAUGGUGGGCAACCAGGUGGAGGGGCGGAGCAAGAGCAAAGGCAAGGAGGCGGAGUCGUGUCAGGCGUCGUCAGGCAAGCAGGUGGACGACGGCGGAGAGGCGGAGCCUAAAGGCGAGGAGGCGGCAGGCGCAGGAGACGUCAAAGGGCUGAUCAGGUGCGAGCGCUGCGGCUACAACACCAACCGCUACGACCAUUACAUCGCUCACCUGAAGCACCACAGCAAGGAGGGCGACAACCACAGGGUGUUUAAGUGCACGCUGUGUGCGUACACCACGGUCAGUCAGUACCACUGGAGGAAACACCUGAGGAAUCACUUCCCCAGCAAACUGCACACCUGCAGCCAGUGCUCCUACUUCUCUGACCGCAAGAGCAACUACAUCCAGCACAUUCGCACCCACACAGGUGUGCGUCCAUUCCAGUGUCUCUACUGCGACUACUCCAGCUCCCAGAAGACUCACCUGACUCGUCACAUGCGGACUCACUCAGGUGAGCGUCCCUUCAAGUGUGAGAGCUGCAGCUACCUGGCAGCCAAUCAGCACGAGGUGACCCGCCACGCCCGGCAGGUGCACAACGGGCCCAAGCCGCUGUCCUGCCCCUUCUGCGACUACAAGACGGCCGACCGCAGCAACUUCAAGAAGCACGUGGAGCUGCACCUGAACCCGCGGCAGUUCCUCUGCCCGCUCUGCAAGUACGCCGCCUCCAAGAAGUGCAACCUGCAGUACCACAUCAAGUCCCGCCACUCCGGCUGCCACGUGGACCUGGACGUGUCCAAGGUCAAGCUGCGGGUGAAGAAAGCCGGGCCCGACGAAGCCGACGACAAGCCGGAGUCCAAAGCUGCCAAGCCGGACGGCCCCCCCGCCCCGGAGGAGGACGUGGACGAAGGAGACGACGCGAGUCCCAUCAACCUGUCCAUCAGGAGGAGCGGCAGACCCGGCGCCGAGCCGCCGGCCCGCAGCAAGACUCCGGACAAGGCGGCGAAGAAACGCAACGUCUCGUCCGAGAAGGAGAGAACCACCAGGGCAAAGGAGGUGGAGAAGAAGGUCUCCUCCAGGCAGAAGAAGGUGAAGGAGAACCCUGCGGGGAACAUGGAGGGUAAGGAAGGUUCUACCGCUGCUGGAAACACGGACACCUGCGGGAAGAAACGGGUCCGCAAGGUUCCCACAGACGGGCCAACGGAAAGCGCCGCUUCCCAGGAGAAACGACCGGAGGAACCCGCAUCCCAGAAAGACCGGCCCGACCCGAAGAGUUCUGAGCAGAAAACGGCGCCAGAGAGCACCGCUGAGAAGGACUUGGCUUCCCACAAGAAGACCAAAGGCCUCGGUAAAACCAGGAAGUCCGGGUCCAGGAAGACUCCGGAAGACGCGGGCGCCCCGAUCCCCGGCGGUCCCGAGAAGAUCCAGAAAGGAAAGUGGGUCAAAGAGCAGCCCGCCAAGAGGAAAGCCGGACCGGUUCUGGACCUUUCCCAGAAGCCCUCCAAGAAGAGGCGUCUGAAAGCUGCAGCCGCAGAGAAGCUGCCGUCCGACCCGUCCUCAGAUGGUUCCGACCCGACUGAGACGGCACCAGCCAAGCAGAACAAGACCAGAACCUCCACCAGGAAGAGCUCAGACCUGCGACCAGCGGCAGGUCCGGUACGCCAUGAAUCCUCGUCUGAAACCAGUCCGUCCCCAGAGGCUGUGGAAAGUUCUGCUCAGCCGUCAACGUCCGGUUCUGGUGAAACGGGUUCCUCCUCAGGUGGAGCGCCCCACCCAGAACCCGACGGCGCUCCGUGCAGAACGCCGGAGAACACGGAGGUUCCCCCUCCGACCUUCGUCAAGCCGUCGGUUCCGCCCCGCCUGCUGCUUCCCGGCCAGCGCGGCAAGCCGGCGGACGGCGAGGACGACGAGGGGAUCCACAGCAGCCACGAAGCAGGAAGUGACAUCAGCGACAGCGCCUCCGAGGGCAGCGACGACUCUGGGCUCAACGGAACCGGUACCGCCUCAGGGAAGAUGGCCAACGACCCGGAGACGCCCACCGAGGAGAUUCCCACGCCCACCGAGGUCAAGAGUCACACCUGCAUCUUCUGCGACCGCACGUUCCCCUUGGAGACCCAGUACCGGCGCCACCUGAACCGCCACCUGGUCAACGUGUACUACAUGGACCCCGUGGCGCCGAAAUGAGCGCCACAGAACCACAGACCCAGGUUCUGAUCUAAAACUGCGUGACGCUUCAGGUUCUGUCCAGUUCCUGGCUCCGCCUCUGCAGAACCUGAUCCUUCACAGGUCCAAUAGAACUUUAGGGUCGGCUCCGUGUUUAUACCUUUUGACUCUGAAAUGGUUAAGUACCAGAACCCAGGGUCCGAAGUCCUGGGUUCUGAUUCUGACGUCAUCAGCUGCCGACCGUCGGUUCCACUGAUCCAAACCGCUCAGCUUCAGUUCCGGUGUUCUGCACUGUUGACCCUUUGGUCCAUAGGGUCCGAAUUCCUGACCGCCAGAACCAAACGGUCCAAACCCCUGACAGUUGGUUCUGUUGGCUGGAAGGGUUCUGAUCUGGAAGCCCGUCAGUGCCUCCGACAAUCAGCUGCUUCUGUUGGGCUCGGUUCCUUUCUAGAAGGUCCAGUUUGUUCCCCUGUUGGUUCUAUGAUGGUGAUGAUGAUGAUGAUGAUGAUGAUGAUGAUGCGUCCAGCUGUGUAAAUAUUUCAGUGCAAUAGUCCAUUUAGUGCAGAAGCCAAAGUGAACUCCACCGGUUCUCCAGAGUUCUGCUGGAGGACGGGAUGGACGGAGACGUUUUCUCUGACGGUUCUGUGUGGAACCGGCUGCAGAACCGGUCCUCAGUUAUGUUAUUUUAGCUGUAAUCUGUCCUCUGAUCAUUUUAAAUAAAUGUUUCAUACAGACCC